AUGGCCAACCCCCUCGUCAUCAAUGUAACGGGCACAUCAUCCGUCAGCUACGCACCAGAGCGAUGCACCCUCAUAUUCUGCAUCAAAACAAACGGAUCACAACAAGAAAAAGUGGCAGAAAAUGUAACCAAAGCAGCCAACGUUCUCCAAGAUUGGUUCAAACAAUUCCACACACCCGAGGCAUCAGCCCUCACCGAACAACCCGUGACAAGAUUCUCAACAUCAAACAUCACAGCCUGGAAAAAAUCAAGAGAUGACCGAGACCAGCCAGUGGAAAACCCACACUACGCCAAGAUCAAUUUUACGGCAAUUUUCCAAGACUUUGUUGCGAUGGGCAAGGUCGUUAGUGCACUGCUAGCUUAUCCGGAAGUGGAAAUUGAUUCGAUGAAUUGGAGUCUCACCGAUGAAACGAGCAAGCGACUUUCUUCGGAUGCGCGCAAGGGCGCAUUGCGUCACGCCAUCCAGCAGGCGGAUGAUCUGUCGGAGGUUCUGGGCCGCGAUGUUGUGGCUGUGGAGGUAUCUGACACGGACUAUCAUUCUGCGCCUGUUGCGAUGAGAUACAUGAGUACUGCCCGAGGCGGUUUCAAUGAUGAUUCGCCUCCGCUGGAUCUCACCCCGCAGGAGAUUGAUGUCAAGUCUUCUCUGCAGGUCAAGUUCGAGGCUAAGAGUCUGUGA